AUGUCAGAGCGACCAUUGGUAACAGUUGUUGGUGCUACAGGACAUCAAGGUGGAUCCGCUGUUCUAUCAUUAGUAGAUACAGGAAAUAGUGUAAAAGCUCAAAAUUUAAAACGUUCAUGUAAUAAUGACGGUACCGAUAUUGAACUUGUUAAUUGUGAUAUAAUAAAUAAAGAUGAUUUACUACAUGCUUUUAAGAACAGUUGGGCUAGUUAUUCUGUAACAGAUUAUUGGGCACAGCCAAAUAAACCAGAGAUUGAAAUGCAACAAGGCAAAUUAAUGGUUGAUGUUGCAGCAGAAUUGAAUAUACCUUAUUAUAUAUCUACUUGUGUCGUCAAUAUAAAUGCUCUGAGUGACAAUAAAUUAGAUGUGCCACAUUUUACACAAAAAGCGCUAAUUCGAGACUACAUUGUCGAAAAAUAUCCACAAUUAAAAACGAUAUUUGUUCUACCUGGAUGUGUACAGAACUGGUUAAAACUCCAGCUAGAAAAAAUGAAUGAUGGUACUGUUGUGUUUCGAGCACCGUUAGAUCAAAAAGCAAAAUUACAUUUAGUUGAUAUCGACGAUACAGGACCGAUUGUUGUUGAAAUGUUGAAAAAUCCUGAUCAGUAUAUCGGUCCAGAUAUUUGCAUUUGUGGUGAAGAAAUUGCCUUUGAAGAUGUUCCAAAAGUAUUUCAAAAAGUGACAGGAAUUAAACCCAAUUAG